AAUGAUGUGAUGGAGAUAAAUAUGGGCCAUUGGUCAGGUCCUUUGGCCCCUGCAUCUAGUCUCCUCUUCCUGCUUGUUCAGCUUUGGGCCACCGUCUGUCAUGGCCUUCAAGGGACAGCACCAUUUGGCUUCCACUUCACACAUUCCCUCUACAAUGCCACUGUGUAUGAAAACUCUGCGGCACGGACUUAUCUGAACAGUCAAAGUAGGAUGGGUAUUACCUUGGCAGACCUUUCCUGGGAUAUCAAAUACAGGAUAGUGUCCGGCGAUGAAGAAGGCUUUUUCAAAGCAGAGGAAGUGGUAAUAGCUGAUUUCUGUUUUCUUAGGAUAAGAACUAAAGGUGGGAAUUCCGCCAUAUUGAAUCGAGAAAUCCAGGACAACUAUUUAUUGGUCAUAAAGGGUUCUGUCCGUGGAGAAGACUUGGAAGCAUGGACUAAAGUUAAUGUGCAAAUUUUAGACAUGAAUGACUUACGGCCUUUAUUUUCACCCACCACAUACUCCGUCACAAUAGCGGAAAGCACUCCUUUAAGGACUAGCAUUGCACAAGUUACAGCCACGGACGCUGAUAUUGGUUCCAAUGGUGAAUUCUAUUAUUAUUUCAAGAAUAAAGUUGACCUUUUCUCUGUCCAUCCAACUAGUGGUGUAAUCUCGCUGAGUGGUCGGCUAAACUAUGAUGAAAAGAACCGGUAUGACCUUGAAGUUCUGGCUGUGGACCGUGGGAUGAAACUCUACGGUAACAACGGAGUAAGCAGCACUGCCAAACUGUAUAUACAUAUUGAGCGCAUAAAUGAACAUGCUCCAACUAUCAGUGUAGUAACUCAUGUUCCCUUCCCUUCGGGUGAGGAACCCACCUAUGCUGUUGUCAAUGUUGAUGACCUAGAUGAAGGUGCCAAUGGUGAGAUUGAAUCUCUUUCUAUUGUUGCUGGAGAUCCCUUUGAACAUUUCCAGUUGGCAAAGGAGGGGAGAUGGAUGAAUGAGUACAAAAUCAAAGAUAAAAGGCCCAUUGAUUGGGACAGUUUUCCAUAUGGGUACAAUCUUACUCUCCAAGCAAAAGACAGAGGGUCUCCUCAGAAGUUUUCAGCUGUGAAACUGGUACAUAUUGCCAGUCCCAAGAGAGAAAGCAGUCCUGCCAAGUUUGAAAAGGAAAUGUAUGAUGUAGCCAUCAGUGAAUUCUCCCCACCGGGAAUUGUUGUUGCCAUAGUCAAGCUAACCUCAGAAACCCAGGGAGAAGAAUAUAAAUUAUUGCCUAGUGAGGAUGCAGACUAUUUUAAGAUUAAUCCCUUGACAGGUCUAAUUACCACUGCACGUCCUUUAAAAAUUGUUGACAAAGAAUUUUAUGAUAUAGAAGUCGUAAACAAAGAAGGGGACUUAAAGACCCGGGUAACAGUCAGGAUAGAGGAUGCCAACGAUCACAUCCCAGAAUUUACACAGCCUUCGUACAGCUCCUAUGUGAAUGAAAGUGUUCCAGUGGGAACUAGUAUUUUAUCAGUUUCUGCCUUUGAUAAGGACCGGGGAGAAAAUGGCUAUAUCACAUACAGCAUUGCUAGCCUGAAUUCGCUCCCGUUUUCCAUCAACCAGUUUACUGGGAUUAUUUGCACUUCUGAAGAAUUAGAUUUUGAGUCUUCCCCUGAGAGCUACAGGUUUAUUGUUAGGGCUUCAGACUGGGGGUCGCCUUACCGCCACGAAAGCGAGGUUAAUGUAACAGUAUACAUAGGCAAUGUAAACGAUAACAAGCCACUGUUUGAAAAGGUGGCAUGUCAGGGAGUGAUUUCAUCCGACUUCCCUGUUGGUGGGCACAUCACAGCUGUAUCUGCUAUUGAUAUAGAUGAGCUGGAGCUUGUAAAAUACAAAAUAAUUUCGGGUAAUGAACUGGGUUUUUUCUAUUUGAAUCCGGAUUCUGGGGUCCUUCAGCUGAAAAAGUCCUUGGUUAGCGCUGGCAUCAAGAACAACAAUUUUGGACUUAGGAUCACAGCAACUGAUGGGGAGAAUUUUGCCGAUGCCAUGUUUGUUAACAUUUCAGUGGUACAUGGAAAAGUGUCUUCCAAGACCUUCAGCUGCAGAGAGACUAGGGUUGCUCAGAGGCUGGCAGAGAAGUUGCUCAAAAAGGCAAAAGCCAAUGUAAAACUAAAUUCAGAAGAUGGCUUCUUGGAUUUCUACUCUGUGAACAGACAGGCCCCGCAUUUUGAUAAAUCAUUUCCUUCCGACGUAUCAGUGAGAGAGGACCUUCCCGUCGGUGCUAGCAUAUUUCGAAUCAAGGCCUAUGAUGCUGACUCUGGUUUUAAUGGGAAGGUGCUCUAUACCAUAUCAGACGGCAAUACAGACAGCUGCUUCAACCUUGAGAUGGAGACCGGUCUGCUUAAAGUCCUUAUGCCCAUGGAUCGUGAGAAAACAGAGCUCUACCUCCUUAACCUCACCAUUUAUGAUUUAGGCAAUCCUCAGAAAGCCGCGUGGAGAUUACUUACCAUAACUGUAGAAGAUGCAAAUGAUAACAGACCCGUGUUUUUGCAAGAUGAUUACUCAGUUAAUAUUUUCGAAAGUACAAGUGUUGGGGUGGAGAUUAUCCAGGUGGAAGCUAGAGACAGAGAUCUAGGGCAAAAUGGGGAAGUGACCUAUUCCAUAUUAACAGACACACAGCAGUUUGCUAUCAAUAGCUCUACUGGAGUAAUAUAUGUAGCUGACCAUUUAGAUAGAGAAUCCAAAGCAAAUUAUACACUAAAAAUAGAGGCAAGAGAUAGAGCGGAGAAUGGGCAUCAACAGUUUUCUGUUGUUCCUCUAAAUAUUGUUUUGGAUGAUGUCAAUGACUGCUCUCCAGCUUUCAUACCACCCAGUUACAGUGUGAAGGUCCUGGAAGAUCUGCCAGUUGGUACUGUCAUCGCUUGGCUUGAAACCCAAGAUCCAGAUCUUGGCCUUGGAGGACAAGUACGUUAUUCUUUGGUGAAUGAUUACAAUGGGAGAUUUGAAAUAGACAAAGCCAGUGGGGCCAUCCGGCUAAGCAAAGAACUUGACUAUGAGAAGCAACAGUUUUACAACCUCACUGUAAGAGCAAAGGAUAAAGGGCGUCCAGUUUCUCUGUCCUCGGUUUCCUUCGUAGAGGUUGAAAUUGUGGAUGUGAACGAAAAUCUCUACACCCCUUAUUUUUCCGACUUUGCGGUCAUUGGAUCUGUAAAGGAAAACUCACGCAUUGGAACAAGCGUUUUACAAGUGGCAGCUAGGGACGAUGAUUCCGGCAGGGAUGGCGAGAUCCAGUAUUCUAUCCGGGAUGGUAGUGGACUUGGUCGGUUUAACAUAGAUGAAGAAACAGGAGUUAUAUAUACAGCUGAUAUCCUGGAUCGAGAGACAACUCAGUCCUAUUGGCUAACUGUGUAUGCAACAGAUCGUGGUGUCGUUCCACUUUAUACCACAAUUGAAGUCUAUGUGGAGGUGGAAGAUGUGAAUGACAAUGCCCCAUUGACUUCUGAGCCCAUUUAUUAUCCAUCUGUUUUGGAAAACUCCCCUAAGGAUGUAUCAGUUAUUCAGAUACAGGCUCAAGAUCCUGAUUCCAGCACUAACGAAAAGUUGACCUACAGGAUUACCAGUGGAAACCCCCAGAAUUUUUUCAUCAUCAAUACCAAAACAGGUCUCAUAACCACAACAUCAAGAAAAUUGGAUCGUGAACAGCAAGCAGAACAUUUCCUUGAGGUGACCGUUACGGACGGUGGCGCCUCUCCCAAGCAGUCCACUGUCUGGCUGGUGGUUCAAGUUCUGGACGAAAACGACAACAAGCCCCAGUUCCCGGAAAAAGUCUACCAGAUCAAAUUGCCGGAACGGGACCGCAAGAAAAGAGGAGAGCCCAUCUACAGAGCAUUUGCGUUCGACAAAGACGAAGGCCCUAACGCAGAGAUUUCUUACAGCAUAGUGGAUGGAAACGAGGACGGGAAGUUUUUUAUUGAUCCAAAGACGGGGAUGGUCUCUUCUAGAAAACAGUUUACCGCUGGGAGCUAUGAUAUCUUGACUAUAAAAGCAGUAGACAAUGGCCGGCCACAGAAGUCUUCAACCGCACGCCUGCACAUUGAAUGGAUUAAGAAACCCCCUCCAUCGCCGGUCCCACUGACUUUCGAUGAACCGUUCUACAACUUUACUGUCAUGGAAAGUGACCGAGUGACCGAAAUCGUUGGCGUGGUCUCUGUGCAACCUGCUAACAUCCCACUGUGGUUUGACAUUGUCGGUGGCAAGCAUGCUCGAGAGAUGUUCUAUAUCCUACAGACAGCUUGUGGGCAGAACUGUUCAACAGAAG